CCCUUCUUCCGCGGCUCCUACCAGGGCUGGAAGAACUCCGUGCGCCACAACCUCUCGCUCAACGAGUGUUUCAUCAAGCUGCCCAAGGGCCUCGGGCGACCCGGCAAGGGUCACUACUGGACCAUCGACCCGGCCAGUGAGUUCAUGUUCGAGGAGGGCUCGUUCCGCCGCCGGCCGCGCGGCUUCAGGCGGAAAUGCCAGGCGCUCAAGCCCAUGUACCACCGCGUAGUGAGCGGCUUGGGCUUCGGCGCCUCGCUGCUGCCACAGGGCUUCGACUUCCAGCCGCCCCCAUCGGCGCCGCUCGGUUGCCACGGGCAGGGCGGCUACGGCGGCCUUGACAUGAUGCCCGCGGGCUACGACGCCAGCACCGGCGCCCCGGGCCACGCGCAUCCGCACCACCACCAUCACCACCACGUCCCGCAUAUGUCGCCCAACCCGGGCUCCACCUACAUGGCCAGUUGCCCCGUGCCCGCCGGGCCUGGGGGUGUCGGCGCGGCUGGGGGCGGCGGCGGAGGGGACUACGGCCCGGACAGCAGCAGCAGCCCAGUGCCCUCGUCCCCAGCCAUGGCGAGCGCCAUCGAGUGCCACUCUCCCUACACGAGCCCCGCGGCGCACUGGAGCUCGCCCGGCGCCUCGCCUUACCUCAAGCAGCCGCCCUCCCUGACGCCAAGCAGCAACCCCGCGGCCUCGGCAGGCCUGCAUUCGAGCAUGUCCUCCUACUCGCUGGAGCAGAGCUACCUGCACCAGAACGCCCGCGAGGACCUCUCAGUGGGACUGCCUCGAUACCAGCAUCACUCUACCCCGGUGUGUGACAGGAAAGAUUUUGUCCUCAACUUUAACGGCAUUUCUUCUUUCCAUCCCUCUGCAAGCGGACCAUAUUAUCACCAUCACCACCACCAGAGUGUCUGCCAGGAUAUUAAGCCCUGUGUCAUGUGAAUGGAGGGAGGGAGGCCAUGCCAAGGCCGCUCUCUGCUCUCUCUUCUGCAGGGCAGAAUGAACUGAGGUGGACUCCCCCACCAUGCACAGCUCUAGCAGUAGCACACGAGUCACUUAGCCAGAAUCCCCAGGCCAGCGCUGUUCACUGAUACGUGUCUACCAUUGGUAGAAGGACAACCCCUGGCAAAGUAAUGCCCCUAAUACGAAUAUGUGCAGGCCCCCCAUAAGGGAGAGAGCCAACUGAGAACUCAGCUUUUUAGCAGAGAUGGUAAAAAGUUACCAUAUGAAAAACAUAAACAUGUAACUCUGGGAUCUUCAUUACCUUCAGUCAUCAGGGUCUGAAAAACGCCAGUUGUGUGUGUGUGUUUUUCUUUGUCUAUGAAAAUUUUUGUGCUUUUCAAAAAGGCAGUGCUAAGCACAAGACUUCAAGAAAGCCUCAUCUUGUUGCCUAGCCAAGUAAGAGAGUUCUGUUUCGCCAAACACUAAGUUUGGACACAGGUGCCAAAGAACAUUAUUAAGAAAGUAUUUAGAAACAGUGUGUCUAGUUUAAGAAAGUGGUUUUCAGUAUUGUGACAAUACAACGUUUUUUUACAAGGUUGUUUUCUACCACCAUAUUUUAAAGAUAUUUUUAUGAUUUUCGUGUAUACUCACACUUUGCUUGUAUUUUAAAAGGAGGAUAUAUUUGCACUUAUGUAUACUUUUACAGUUUGCCAAACUAUUUUGAUGUAAAAUUUUUUCAAUAAAAUAUAUAUAACAAA